AUGGCAGACAACAAUGAGCGCAAGAGUGCGACAACGAGGCCUCAUGAAAAUCAUAGUGAAUCAGUCAAUAAAGCUGAUGGAAAAUGGCGCAAAGCUGCUGCUUCGGCCUGCAUCAUUCUAUGCCAAUUCAUUCAGACGAUUCCCCUGGGCGCAGGCAUCAACGGCGGUCUCAACAUGGCUAAGGAGCUCGGCGUGUCACCCGCUUUUGCCAUAUGGAUCAUAGCAUCUUAUCCCCUUACUCAAGGAACGUUUGUUCUCAUGGGAGGGCGUGUUGGUGCAGUCUACGGUCACAAGAAGACUGCUGCCGCUGGUGGCGUACUCUGGGUAAUUUUCCAUCUCAUAUCCGGCUUCAUGCGCAGCAUCAUAUCGUUGUGUAUCAUGCGUGCACUAAGCGGCAUAGGGGCUGCGUUCGUUUUUCCAAAUGCCGUUGCACUCCUCACAAUAACAAAUCCGCCAGGAAAGGCUCGCAACAUCGCGGUUGGGCUGUUCGGAGCCAUGGCACCGAUUGGUGCUGCGGGUGGGAGUGUGUUCCCCGGUUUGUUUGGCCAACUGACCCAAUGGUGGUGGCUGUUUUUCUUUUUGGCUAUCCUGGGAUGUGUUAUCUUUGGUCUCUUUAUCAUAAUUGUACCUGCUGAGCCCUCAUUGAUGGAUCCUCUGGGAAGAGUCGACUACAUUGGAGCAUACCUAGGCGUAUCCGGCCUGAUCCUCUUCAACUUCGUGUGGACUCAAUCGGCUCUUGUCGGCUGGUCCGUCCCAUACGUCUAUGCACUUCUCAUUGCGUCGAUUCUCCAUGUGGCUGGCUUUGUUAUCUGGGAGAUUAGAUUCGCAGCCGAGCCCAUCAUGCCAAUGAAUAUUUGGAGGUCGCCAUCGUUUAGCAUGAUGAUUGUGUCAUCUUUUGUGUCUUUCAUGGGAUUUGGCAUGCUCAUUUGGUAUUUGACUGCAUGGCAGGCCGAAUUGCGAGGCUACACAAUGCUUCUUAACGCCGCCACGUAUACUCCCUUGGCAGUAGGUGGUGCAGGGGCGGCACUCUUGAGCGCAAAAGUAGUGCGACACUUGGCUGCCCAAUAUAUUUUGGCCAUCGGUUCCACGGCGACACUCGUGUCCCUUCUCCUCGUGGCAACAAUGCCAGUACAGCAAACCUACUGGGCUCAGGCAUUUCCUGCAAUUCUUCUCGGGUCGCUGGGGCCAGAUUUCGUCUUCACAGCGUCUCAACUCAUCGCCAGUGGGACAGUCCGGCGGGAUCAACAGGGGCUUGCAGGAUCUCUCAUUGGGACCAUUCUAUCGUACGGGUUAGCAACUGGGUUGGGCUUUGCUGGCACGGUGGAACAUUAUACAAACAACAGUGGCAAAGACCUGGCUCGAGGGUAUAGAAAUGGCCUCUACCUUGGCAUCGGGAUGGCUGGGGUUGCCAUAGUACUGUCUCUGGCGUUUGUCAGAAUACCAAGAGAUCGUCGGGAGGGCUGGGGUGAAGAACAGAUGGGAGCUGAGAUCGACUUACCCAGGGCUGAACCUUGA